AUGGAUUCACUCAACUCAGCCCAGCGCGUGCUCGAAACACCAGAACUGCUCGAGAUGAUCCUGGCAGAGCUCCCUCCCUGCCAAUUACUCAUCUCCCAGCGCGUCAACAUCCUUUGGCACGAUCUGAUCUCCAAUUCACCUCAGUUGCAACAGUUGUUGUUCAUGAGACCUUCCUGGCCCAAAGCCAAACCCUUUGACUCACACUUGUCCUGCGAGGCCAACCGACCAAGCCAACGCCCUAGAAACAAUAUGAUGCUGAGAAAAGUGCUGGGUGGACGAUACCCGACCUUUACACCUCGAGUGACAAGCCAGAAAGAUGAGGAAGAGUACGCGGACAAGGGUGUAGAGUCUCCAGACGCCAACCCAAAUGAUCAUAGUAGCAUUUCGCGAUCCGUAAAGAGUCCGUCGAGCUACUGGACAUGCGACGAGCUACCCUCAAACGACGCUGCCGUACUGUACGAGAAAGCAAGCUGGCGUCGCAUGUACCUCUGCCAGCCGCCCUGCACAGAGCUAUAUCUCGCUCGUCGCUGGUGCCGAGCAGCUCGACCAGCCAUUGCUUCCGAAGAUGGCAUCACGAUGGAGACUUUCAUCGAAAAGGCAAACAAGGCGCGCGAACUCUGGAACCAACUCUUCAUCUCAAGCGAUGGUGAUUGGCACUUUGAAGGUCCCAUGCGCAGCAAGUGA